AACGUUUAUAGUCUACCUCUAACUUUUACAGGUUUUUUUAAAAUUUAUCCACAAAAAAAAAAAAAAAUGAAGCUUUUACAAAAUAUGACGUUUGAGUCUUUAAGCUCUUCGCUUUCAGUAUCUGGAGAAAGUAUCAACAUACAGGCUAGUAUUGAGAGUUAUUCAUGUAAAAUGACUACUAAUGAUAAAAGACUAUAUAAAGAACUUAACAUGCAUGGCCAUAGUCCCAAAGAUUUAGAGGCUUUGGCUCCUUCUGAGUCUCAAGUGCAAAAGAACAGUGUUUCUCCACAAUCAACAUUUCAAUCUCGCAGUCGUUUAUCAAGUACUGAUGAAGAUUCCUCUAAUAUAGUUUUAGUUAUGAACAGAAAAAUGUUGUUUACUUUAAUAUCAACUUUGAAUGCAUCAUUUCCAGAUUAUGAGUUUUCCCAUGUGAAAUCAGAAGAGUUUAGCAGAGAACCAGAUUUGCCUUGGGUUAUUAACAAUGUUAACUCCCUCUUGUCUACAGCUAUGGGUGAAGAAUUUGCAAUUUUAAGUACUGAUAUGUGGAAAGCUAUUAAUGAUGAGAUUAACUUACAAAAUUGUCAGAUAUACAGCUACCAUCCUGAUAUGGAAACUGAUCCGUUUGGAGAAGAGGGAAGUGUUUGGUCUUUUAACUACUUCUUUUUUAACAAGCAAAUAAAGAGAAUUGUUUUCUUUAAGUGCACAGGAUUAAGAUUGAGUGGUGAUGCAUCAGAUUACAUUGACGAUAACUGCAACCUUUUUCAAAUGGAUGUUUGUAAUGAGAUAGAGAACACUGCGUGGGAUUAAGUACUUUUUGUCUUAAUUUCUUGGGAUGCAUCAUUUAUAUGAGCUCAUCAGUUGAAUUAUGUCAUCAGUUGAAUGAUGACAGUAUUAAUGUUUGUAAGAAACCUGUCUUAGAUUGUUGAGUUUUUAAAACCGAUAACAAGGUUUGUUGAUGAUUUAUAUACGGUAUAAAUAAUACUUAUAUUUAUUUCUUUGAAAUACGAUUUUAACAAAGCAAAUAAGUAGAUAAACGCUAUGCAAUAAAUCCUAUCAUUGUGUAUCUUUUUAUUUGUUGUGUAUCUGUUGUAUACUCUUGUUGUGUAUCUAACAAUUGUAUAUCCUAUAACGGUACAAUUGUUUGUCAUAGCAUUUUACAUUUUACUAGCAGUAUUUUCUUUUUCUUU